UACAAUGCAACGAUUUAACAUUCGCAACUUCCAAACGACGCGACUAUGCUAAUUAUUAAAUCUAAAAUUAGUCCUAAGUGGUAGGUUCCUCCGGUUAUAGGGCCGGUCUAGGGUUGGCAAGUGGCAACUGAAUAAUAAAUAAUUCAAUUUUGAUAACCGAACAAUUUCACGGUCAGAGGAACGAAGCCCUUUUACCAAUUAGGCUCGUCUUAGUUAUGGAGAAGGUCCACUGGUUGAUAAAGGCCCAGGCCCAGGCCCAAAAUCUAGUGUCACCAAGCGUCGCCGUUCAAGACACGAGGACGAGCGAUGUCUUCCCAAAUCCCAACCGCGAGGUUUUCCUUUUCAUUCUUCCUUCCAAGUUCUCUCAACUCCCGCAGCUGCCGCAAUACUCAGUCACAGAGAAGAGCCGUCAAACGCCGAGAUAGUGAAGUAAGUAACGAAACGCCGUCCAAACGAGAUGGGGAAGAAGCCGAAGAGCUCAAGGAAGGGUAAGAAAGCAUGGAGAGCCAACAUAAGCACCGACGACAUCGAUGAGUACAUCGAGAAAUCAACCAAAGACGCUCUCACCGGCGGUUCCCUCGCCGAGGUCCCCAAUGAAUCCCUCUUUUUUGUGGAUAAAUCCAAAGACCUUUCCGUGAAGAGGAAAAUUGAAAAGCAUAGAGAGAAAGUGCUCCACUGUGACAGUGUUCUGCAAAGGAACCCUUUUGUCAAGGCAAUCCCUUCUUCAAAUGAUAAGAGGAAGUCUAGCAUGAAGAAGAAGAAAAAGAAUAUGAAAGACUCUAAGGGUUCCACAUCGAAAGAUGAUGCCACUAAGAAUGAUGAGUCCGGGGUUGUUGACUUGUGGGAAAAUGAAGCUGAAGGCGAUGUCAGAGCUCGGAAGAUAGUCAAAACUUCAGUUAUUCCUGCAGUGGAAGUUGACCCUCCUGGAUGUUCAUUCAAUCCCCAUUUUGAAGCCCAUCAGGAUUCAUUGGCACAAGCUGUUGCUCAAGAGAUGCAGAAAGUCUAUCAAAGCGAGCUGGGACCUCAGCCUGUCCCUUUAACUGUUCAAGGAGAUGCUAUUGAGGAGGAAGAGAUGUACUUUCUUGAAGUUGAUAAUGUUGAUGAUGAAGCAAAUGAUGAGAAUGAAGCUGAUCCAGAAAAGAGUUCUUCCAUGAAGAAAAUGGUGACAAGAGUCGAGUUCAAUAGAAGAGCUAGACUGAAAGACCGGCAGAAAAAAGAAGCAGAAGCCAAAAAGAAAGCAGAAAUCUCGAAAGAAAUCGAUAGCUUACCAGAAAUCAUAAAAGAAAUAGCCAAAGAAGAUGAAGAGAAGCAAAAGAGAAAGAUGCGUCGGAUAGUAGCAAAGGAGGAAAGAUCAAAACAGCAACCCCCACGCCUGGGCAGGCACAAAUUUGUGCCUGCUCCUACUCAAGUACUGUUGUCGGAAGAGAUUAGUGGCUCGCUUCGCAAGUUGAAGGCGUGCUGCACUCUCGCCACAGACCGGUUUAAGAGCCUGGAGAAAAGAGGACUGAUCCCUCCCUCUGCCAACAAGAGAAGAAGAAGGUGAGAAGCAGUCGGAGUUCUUGACGAUGGAGAUGCUUCGACGUGGAAGAAAGCUGUUGGCAGCAUAAACGACAGAAGAAUCGAGGAUGGAUUUUCGUUUUCAAACAUUCUGCAUUCUUCAAAUUUUGUAAUCCUAAACUAUAUGGAAAUCAGGAGUUGCGUUGGAUAUGUUUCAUUUCAUGUAAUUUCACUCUUGCGCUAAUAGUAAAACACAUUUAAGACU